AUGUCCCCGUCAAAGUUCUUCCAUUCUACGAGGAAAAUCAUCGGUGCAGGUGUAAACUACAAGGAAAUUUUGCGGCUCACAAACGCCCCGAAACCAGCAGCGCCGGUGAUAUUUUUCAAGCCCAUCUCUUCGCUACUCGACGGCCAAGAUAAGGGUGAAGACCCGUCAUCGGCUAUCCCUACUAUCCGGGUGCCGCGUGUCUUUGAUGGCGUGAUCAACUUUGAGGCGGAACUCGGCGUCAUCAUCGGGAGCCGUUGCAGCAACGUUUCGCCCGAACAGGCGAUGGCAUACGUUGGAGGUUAUUGUCUGGCCCUCGACAUGACCGGUAUGGACUUCAUCAUGGAGGCGCGCCCAAAGGGUUUGCCUUGGUGUCUUGGCAAGGGUUUCGACACCUCGACACCGGUGAGUGGGUUCAUUACAAGCGCACAGCUACCCAACCCCGACAAUGUGCGCGUCUGGUGUGAUGUUAACGGUGUUCGCAAGCAGGACGACAGCACGUGCAAUCUGAUUUUCCCGAUCGCGGAGCUUAUAGCGUACGUUUCGCGCUACAUGACCCUCGAGCCGAAUGAUCUGCUACUGACGGGAACACCGGCCGGCGGCGGUCCCGUGCGGCAUGGGGACGUGAUCGAGUGCGGGCUGGGCGAGGGUUUGGUGACGAUGCGAUGUGCCGUAGCUGACGAGUAGGUUUUUGGAAUGUGAGAUCAAAACCGACCGGAAUGGUGCCCUCCGCGAGCUCCCAUGUUAAGAAUAAAGGUAAAAAAUAAA